GUGAGUGUCGCCACGAAGAGCUUGGCUAGUUGCCUCAAGCAAAUCGCUCGGGGAUAGGGGUAGGGCCACUUACUUACAGGCUCCUCCUAUAAUUAAGUUAAGAGAGAAUGAUAAUAAAGUUGGACGUAGCUUAUAUAUAGGCUUUGAAUAAUAAUAAUAAUAGUAAUAAAGUCGUAGCUUUAAUUAAUUUAAGAGAGAGUGCUAAUUACUUAGUUUAAAGUUGUAAGAGAUAAAAGUGUAUGGCGUCUACUCCUGGUAUCUUUUCUCACUGGCCGUGGGAACCUCUCGGUAACUUCAAGUAUGUUUUAGUGGCACCAGGGAUUAUUCAUAGCAUAUACUUGUACUUGGCGAGAUCGGAUGAGAGAAAUCCAUUCUAUCUCUUUGUGUUCUUUUGUAUGCUAUGGAGGAUGCUUCACCAGAAGCUAUGGAUAAGUUUGUCUCGAUAUCGAACAGCAAAAGGCAACAACCUUAUUGUCGAUAGGAGUAUCGACUUUGAGCAAGUUGACAGGGAAAGCAAAUGGGAUGACCAGAUUCUGUUUAAUGGGAUCUUAUUCUAUAUUUCAUAUUGGGUGCUAGAGGAUGCAAAGAACAUGCCUUUAUGGAGAAUGGAUGGUCUCCUUCUAGUUUUCAUAAUUCAUAUUGGUCCUGUUGAGUUUCUCUACUAUUGGUUACAUCGCGCUCUACACCAUCACUUCCUUUACUCUCGCUACCACUCUCAUCACCAUUCUUCUAUUGUAUCUCAACCCCAUACUGCUGUGAUUCAUCCAUUUGCUGAACACAUAGCAUAUUAUUUUAUCCUUGGAUUACCAUUGAUGGUAACCACAUUCAUGGGAACUAUCUCUAUAGCUACUGUGGCGUUGUAUCUCACUUACAUCGACUUUAUGAACAGCAUGGGUCAUUGCAACUUUGAGUUCACUCCGAAAUGGGUGUUUGAUAUGAUUCCUCCACUGAAAUAUCUCAUGUACACUCCCUCGUAUCACUCUAUGCAUCACACCCGUUUCAGGACAAAUUACUCUCUUUUCAUGCCAUUCUAUGAUUACAUCUAUGGAACAAUGGAUGAAUCAACAGAUAUAGUUUAUGAAAGUUCUCUGAAGAAGCCGGAAGAUGUUCCGGAUGUGGUUCACCUUACGCAUCUGACAACUCUGCAGUCUGUCUACCAUCUCCGGCUUGGGUUUGCCUCACUUGCCUCGAACCCUUUGAACUCCAAAUGGUACAUGUGGCUAAUCUGGCCUCUCACAUGCUGGUACGCGCUCAUAGCUUGGGCCUAUGGUAGGACAUUCAUCAUCGAAAGAAACACAUUUAAGAAGCUUAAGGCAAAAUUAUGGAUUGUGCCAUGCUUUAAGAAAGAAUAUCUCUUACAAACGAAGGGAGAUGCUAUAAACAAGUUGAUUGAAGAAGCCAUACUAGAGGCAGAGGAGAAAGGAGUCAAAGUAGUAAGCCUAGGACUUUUAAAUCAGGAGGAAGAGUUCAAUAGAAACGGCAAAAUUUACUUGGAAAAGCACCCUAAGCUCAAAGUAAAAGUGGUAGAUGGUAGUAGCUUAGUAGUCGCGGUGGUGCUUAAUAGCAUUCCUGUGGGAACUUCCCAGGUUAUGUUUAGGGGUAGGCUGUCGAAGGUUGCUUGUUCCAUUGUUUCGGCGCUAUGUCACAAGGGCAUCCAGGUUAGUACCAUUAGAAAUAUUGAAUAUGAGAAGCUUAAAAAGUCUUUGACAACAGAAGAUGGCUCCAAUUUGGCUCUUAUAACAAAUGGCUUUAAUCAAAAGGUAUGGUUAGUCGGAGAAGAUUUAACAAAAGACGAGCAGUCUAUGGCAUCAAAGGGAACUAUAUUUGUUCCUUUCUCUCAGUUCCCUCCCAAGAAAAUAAGAAAUGAUUGCUUCUAUCUCAACACACCAUCAUUGGUGGCUCCUAAAUCAUUCGGAAACUUGCAUUCUUGUGAGAACUGGCUGCCAAGAAGUGUGAUUAGCGCGAGGCGUGUGGCAGGGAUUGUACAUGCUUUAGAAGGGUGGAAUGUGAAUGAAUGCGGUGAUGAGAUUUUCGAUGUUGAAAAAAUAUGGGAAGCUUCCCUUCAACAUGGAUUUCUUCCAUCCAAGACCUUUGCUUAGCCAUAUUAGCUCAAGAGUUUAAUGCAUUGAUGUAUAUAGUGACUAAUUAGUCCAUGAAUAUUUGCUAUGUAUUGUGCAAACUUCAAAUUAUGGAGAUGGAGUUGUAAUAACUCAUGAAAGUAUUAAAUUUAUAACCUACUUCAUAUUU